AAACGAGUGAAGACCUGACGCUCGCCACAACUGUACAGAAGACGACGCCCCAGCCACUUCGUCUUCAUCGUUCAAUUUCUCUCCUCCAAAUCCUAUCUUCUUCCGACGAAUUUUCUCUCUCCUCUCAUCUCCAGCACCGAUGGAUUCCGAUCACACCCACCUCCAUGGCCAUUCGCACCAGCAACACUCCUCCAGCGAGCUUCUUUCGAGUGCCAAAUUGGUUGCUCAGGCUGCCCAAUCCACUUUCCGCCACGAAUCCCACAAAGUCGACAAAACCCAGGUCGCCAAUGCCGCCGGCGAUCUUCUCGAGGCGGCUUGCCACUACGGCAAACUCGAAGACAAGUCCUUUGGCAAGUACGUUGACAAGGCCGAGGAUUAUCUCCACAAGUAUGGCGGCUCCUCCCACAACGCCGUCGGCGGCGGACAUCCAGAGCAUCCGACCAUCGCGAGCUCGCACUCGGCAAAACCGGAUAAGUCGCAUGGACACGGGGAUUACUUGAAGAUGGCUCAGGGUUUCUUGGGAUCGGGCUCUAAGGCCGAUUCUGACUCGUCAAAACCAGGCCACUCCGGAAAUGGUGGUGGCUAUGAGGGUUACUUGAAGUUGGCUCAAGGCUUGUUGAAAAAGUGAUGGGUUUGUUCUUGUGAACUCUGUGUGUAGUUAUUUGUCACUUCGACCAUAGUUUUUUAUGUACUGUAGCUCUUGCUGUUCUGAUUCUCCUCAUCUGAUUAGGAACUUCAGCUUCUUCCUUUGUAACUUCAUUUCACCAUAUGUGAUGUGUUGUUCCUUAAAAGGCUCAAACUGUGUUUUGAAUAUAUAUAUAUAUAUAUAUAUAUAUAAUGUGUUCAAUUUUUA